UAGUAAAGAAGGUCACGACAACAGAGGUUUUUAUAACUUGUGUCUUUAAAGGAUAUUCUGACUGAAGAGAUAUUUAAGAAGCUCUUCUAUUUCGCCAUUAACUAUUAAGGAAUAACGAUCAGAAUUCUAGAAGAGGGAGCAAUCUCAUUUAAAUGAAUCUGUAACUCAUAAAGACAGAAGGCAGGUCGGUGACCUAAGAGCAACAGUCUACUUGAGAUUUAAUUUUCAUUAUGUUGUUCAUGAACACCCAGAACACUGCACUAUAAUGCACAAAUGGAUACUGACAUGGAUCCUGCCAAUUUUGCUCUACAGAUCAUACUUUUACAUUAUCUUUCUAAUGGGCACUAUAUCUUUAGCUUGCAAUGACAUGACUCCAGAGCAAAUGGCUACAAAUGUGAACUGUUCCAGCCCUGAGCGACACACCAGAAGCUAUGAUUAUAUGGAAGGGGGGGAUGUAAGAGUGAGAAGACUUUUCUGUCGAACUCAGUGGUAUAUGAGGAUUGAUAAGCGAGGCAAAGUAAAAGGGACAAGAGAAGCAAACAACAACUACAGUAUUCUAGAAAUCCGAACGGUGGCAGUUGGAAUAGUGGCAAUCAAAGGAGUGGAAAGUGAAUACUUUCUGGCAAUGAACAAGUCAGGAAGACUCUAUGGAAAGAAAGUCUGCAACGAGGACUGCAACUUCAUAGAACUGAUUGAAGAAAACCACUAUAACACAUAUGCUUCUGCAAAAUGGACACACAAAGGAAAGGAGAUGUUUGUUACACUAAACCACAAAGGGGUUCCAAUGAAAGGUAAAAAAACAAAGAAAGAACACAGAGCAUCCCACUUUCUUCCUCUGGCAAUAUCCUAAUCACAAAUGAUCUAUAAAGAACUAGUUCCAGCAGGAAGAUUAAUUUUAAGAAGACUAUUUGACAAGAUAUCAAGAGAGGCUGGAAUACUACUGAGAAACUGAACAAGCUGGACUUGCGCAUUUAUGUUUAUUUUUAAGAGACUACAUGAAAAGAUUUGAAAAUAUACACAAAACCAGAUUUAGUAACUAAAAGUUGUAAAAAAUUCUAAAGAGUUGUACAAUCAUUAUCUUAGUCAUUGUAACUGGGUAGUUUCUUAAAUUAAUUUACCCUGAAGAAUAAGUCAUUACUUGAUUAUCUGAUAAUAUUUUAUUUAAAAAACCUAUCUGCUUCUUAAAUAUGGCUGCUAUAAUAAUAAUAAGCAGAUGAUAAUGUUGUGUAAAAUAUGUCAGACUUUAAGGCUGCUGGAAUGAGUUGUCAGAUUAUCAAGUCAAUAGAAAAUGUGGAGGCUGAGCAGUAUUUUAAAUACUUCCCCCAAGAAACUGAUAUCCUAUACAUAAACUAUAUGAUCAGAAAAAAAAUAUAAUCUUGUAAAUGUUUAUUGUUGUAUUCAGAUAAAAGAGCUAGUUUGGAAAAAUUAAGUUUACUCUAACACAAAAUGUUCCUAUCUAUUAAUGAAACAAAUACCUAAUGCUGCUCUAAAAGAUGUUUCAAAUAGUGUAUGUAAAAUAAAAAUAGGAAUAAAUAACGUACUUCAUCUCACUUUUCACAAAUUAACAUUUUAUAUAACGAUGAAGCAAAAAUUCAGACAUAUUAAGGUUUUUUAUGUAACAUAUCCUAUCUUUUGUAUAAUUCCUGUUAGGGCAUACAGCUUUCAAUAUUAUUUUUCCAUCCUUAUACAUGCUUUUCCUGUUGUUACAGCAUUAAACUUUAUUUUAAGUUGUAUUUGAACUUUAUUGUUUUAAGUUAUUUAAAUGUUAUUUAUAAAAAAAGAUACUUAUUAAGCUGCAUCUGUUUCAUAUGCUUUUAAUUCUAAAGGAAUAACAAAAUGGUCUGGCUGAGAUGCAUGAAUUUUUUUCUGUGACCAGACACAAAGACUAGUACACAACCCUCCUGCCAACAUACAUUGGAUGGCAGACAAAAAUGACAGCCUGCAGCAAACCACACAAUAGACAUCUCAAAAGAAACAAUGCAAAAAUCUUAAAAAUCUUUGCCACAUACUCUUGCUGAUUAAAGGCUCAGAGUUAUGCCAGGUAAAGGAAGGUUACAGUUCCAGCAGGUAAUGGAAAUAACUCUCAGAUGGUAGAACCAAAACUCACAGAUACAGAAAUGUGCACGAGCCUGUAGGACUAGUUUGAAACUGCAGCUAAAAUCAGUGUGACCUGCUGAAGAAAAGACAUCUUAGUUUUCCAGCUAUUAAAGUGUUCAACUAAGCCCUACAUGACUAAUGCAUUAUAUCAUUUCAUUCUGCUCAGUUUUCCCCACAUGUUUUCUUGGUAGUGUGAUAACUGCACUUAGAUAAAGAUCACCAAAAAAUGAGCUGAAGCAGCUGCCAGAUGACUGGGAUACAGUCAAGUUAAUUAAUAAUGGUCUUACAUGCCCUAUGCUGCAUUACAAGUGUUUAGAGUCUACCACUUUUUCCUACAGGAAAAACUUUCUUUUUAAGAGCACUCACAGAAAACAGCAAAAAUUCUCUUUAACAAAUAUUUCUUUUUCCAAAGAAAUACUUGUCUAACAAAUAGUGUAAUUUGAAAAUUGAUUAUGUUAUUAGCAAGUCAAAAAUCAAAGAAGAUGUAAAGAGAUCCUUGCAGGAAAAUGUGUCACUACAGCUGUAUCAGUAAACCUUCCCUGUGCUCUUGCUGGUUUAUCUAUCACAUGUUCCAUGAUCACAACAGACUGUACUAUGAAAAGCUUUUUUGCUGCUAAUUGUCUGCACUCCUUUCUGUGAAUAUAUAAACAUGAAACCAAGUUCACACUCAUGAUCAACAUUAACACACCAGCAGAAGUUUCUAUACCUAAACUAGGUUAGUUGAAACUUUGAAAUAAAAAUGAAAAUAACAUCUCAUUAAGAUUGUGCUUAAAAGCUCUACUGAAGUUUGAAUUAAGUAAGUACACGUUAAUAUAUGAAUAUAUAUGUAAAAAACCCUUAAAAUCAAAACCAGAUGUAGACAAGCUCUUUUAAAAGAUCUUUUGAUUAUGUAAUUGAAGGAUAUAGAAACAGAGUCAUACAAUUCCUGAGCCCCAGCUGUAAUUAGCCUUUACUGCUGACUGCUUUCUCUAAUGAAUCCCUAAGUUACCAUCAUUACCAGGUAAGCCAAGGCUGCUUUAUGUUUUACAGCUGUCAUAACUGAAAUGUGUCCUGUGAGGGAACUGGUCACAGAAAGACACCUGACUGCAAAUGAUGCAAUUCUUCAGUACCACAGUCAUAAGGCCUUAAAACUGAACAAUUUUCAAUGUAGCUUUAUCUCAGAAAAUCUCUUCUGAAAUACUUAUUUUUAACUCAGGAAAAAAAUCAGUUUAGUGCUAAAACUAGAAAAUAAUAAUCAGAAAAUGUAAAGUGAUGAUCCACAGCAGCGAACUAUUAAAAGACAAGGAUAAUAAAAAGAAGCUAUUAGGAUUUAACAGAUAUUCAAAUAGAUGUCAGAAAUCUUCACAAAAGCCUAUUAAAUCAAUUACAUCACAAUUUAAUGUUAGCAUCAACAUAUAAUACACCAUGUGGGAGGAAAACACGUUCGUAUGAAAAGAAACAGAUAUUCCUUUCUAGAUAUGGCCCAUUAGUAACCUUUAUAAUACUAAAGGUUCAAGCAAACCCAAACAAAAUGGUUAUAAAAGCCAACCUCAGUUGUAAUUUCUCUGCUUUUCCUUCAGAGGGAUUGGCUUUCAUGCAGCUUUUUAUUUUGUUUACCACCAACACUACACAGUGUGCACAGACUGGGGUUUAGGAGUGAAACACAAGCUCUGAGGGUUAAGUAGCACCUCCAACAGCCACUCACAUUUCGUGGGAACUGCUCCACUACACAGGCUCUUUAAAUUUAAUUAGCAAGGUUCUACUUAAUUACUUAUCUUUUGCAUUAGUGCUGAUAAACACUCUGGGACACAGCAGUGGGCAAAUCUCAUCUGAGGAAUCUCACAGAAGGCUGCAGGAUAUCCAUCCUUGGAGGUUUUCCAGGUCUGACUGGACAAAGCCCUACACAAGCAGUGUGGGCUCUACUUUGAGCAGGAGAUUGGACAAGAGACCUGCAGCACUCUGCCAACCUAAAUGAGUCCAGAUUCCAUAGGAAAGUUAUUUGUCUUGAAACAACGACACAAAACACAUCUUCCACGUUAGGGGGAUAAUUACACAUUUGUCUCAUCACUUGUGUGUCAUUAAAUGUAUGCAAAAUGGUGUAAAUACACAAUAAAAAAUGACAAUUGGACAAUUUCCAUGACUUUUUAAAACACCUGAUAUGGUACAACAUGGCCUCACUUUUAGUUCUGUUGCAAGUACUUUAAAACACUGCUCUGCACAGCAUCUGUAAUAAUCAGAUUACUACAUGAUCCAUUAAUUAUUAAAAUACACUUGUCUGUGUUUUAAAUUACUUUUUGAAGAAAACAUGUAUAUUCUCUUUGAAUAAGCUGAAGCAAAAUGUAAGUUAAUAUUAAAUCAAUAAAGUAAUGAGAACCACAGUAUUUCAUUGCACUC